CUCCCCAAGAACCCUUCUCUCCUUCACGCCAGAUCUCCCUCGUGGUGCCCGUAUCAGCUUGGCUUUAUCUUGAGGUGAACCCCGCCAUCACUUCUCUUGGCUGGCGGAUUGUGUCCACAGUCAUUCAUUUCAGCAUACGCGCCUAGGGAAUAACGAUCCAGCCUCUAGCUUGCGACGAGCUAAACACACUACACUCACACACCAUUUGUUGCCUUUUGUCAAUAGGAUUGCUUUCCACCGUAUUCAUAUCAUAGAGGAACCGACAUGGCAUAUACAGAUGAUGCCGUGAAAGCGAAACUUUCAGCUCUCAAUGAGACGCAGGAAGGCAUUGUCACAGUUGCGCAAUGGGUCAUGUUUCACAGACGCCAUGCCGACCGCACAGCACAACUCUGGCUGCAAAAGCUACGCGAUUCGCCAGCGCCGAAACGUCUGAACCUGAUCUACUUGGCUAAUGAGGUUGUGCAACAGUCAAAAGCCCGGAGGAAGGAGGACUUCGUCGUCGCAUUCUCACCGAUUAUCGCAGAGGCCACGGCUAUCGCAUACAAGGGAUCCUCGAAUGAUAUCCAGCAAAAGCUUCGUCGGGUGGUUGAAGUGUGGAGACAGAGAUCAAUUUUUGAGCUUCCCAUCCAGGAGGCUGUAGAAACUCGCGUCGAUGUCACAGAAAUCGACAAAUCGCGCUCUACCGGUAAAAAGCCGUUGCUAGGAGGCUCGCUGUUUUCAAACUCGUCAGGAUCAACACCGCCUGAGCUCCAGCCUCUUGUACCCCUACAAUCGACCCUUUCCAAAGUUACGUUGGCUUCCGUGGCACCAACUGCAGUGGGGAAUGCGGAGUAUGAUAAGUUGCAUGAUCCCAACACACCUUUGCCUCCACCUCCAGUGCAUGCUGCACGACUCAGCCACUUGUUGAAAGCCCUUGCGAACGCAGAGAGCUCUGUCUCAGAGGUGAUUAGAUCACGCCGCUUGCUUAUCGACGGUCUGGAGAAGCUGCUCGAAACCAAUCGCUCAGCCUUGUCGAAGGAGGAAGCCAUGGCUGCACAGUUGAAAGAAAGAAAAGCGGAGACGGAAGCGACGAAGCGGGAGGUAGAAGAUGGGAUCAUGCGGGGACUCUCUGCUGAAAACUCGCCUGCGGUCAGCCAUGGAGAUUCUGGGUUAGAGGGAGAAUCUAUCUCCCGUCCUGAAGUUGAGGCCCUAACUCCCCCGCCUGUAGAGGCCCUUACUCCUGUUGGUUCCCCCAAACAGGCAGCACAGGAGACAAUUCCUGCUACGGCACCUACUCAACCUCAAAUUCUAGGUGGUUUCACCUUGCCAGGAUUCGGAGCCCCCUUCGAUUCUUCCCUUGCCAUGGCAGGUCUCCCCUCUACGGGUCUGAACGAUCACCAACUGGACGGUUCAAAUGGGCUUCAUGCGAAGAAGCGCAAGGUUACCCACGAGGAGGAAGAUUAUGCUCAGUUUGCAAGCGGCGAUUUAGAUGCCGAUGUUGCUGAGCUCCUGAAACAAGAGAGUGAUGCCCAGCAGUAA